AUGUCUAACAAUUGUCACCUAUCACUAACUGAGAAUAAACUCAUUACUAUCGGCGUUAUUGGGCUUCCAGGUUCAGGAAAAUCAUGCUUUUGCAAUAGAUUUGUUUUUCGUCACCCAGAUUUGUACGUCAGGGAUUCUCAUUCCAUUAGUGAUACCUCUCAAUCCUGCGAUGCCAAUCUAAGUGAUAAUCGUUGGCUCUACUGGGGAUGUGCGUGCCGUCAGAUAGAUGGAAGUACCAUAAAAUUUCAAAUACUGGAACACACGAAGUUCCCGGACUGUGUAACCUACUCAAUACCUCCAUACUCAACAUGUAAUUACGAUAUCAAUCAGUUUUUAGAAUAUAUUCAUAAAAGCAUUGAAAUUCACUUGGUAUCUAAAAAUAAGUUAACCUAUGCAUGUAAGAAAGGAGUGUGCAAAGGUUCAAGUAUCGGUGAUUGCUUUGGACCAAACGAAGUGAAGGUUGAUGGAUUUAUUUUGAUACUUGAUACUACCACUUGCAUGAGUAAGACUCACUGUGUAGAUCCAAGCUACUUAUGCAACUCAACUAUCCUGCAGGAGUCAUUGAACUGCCUUUCAAGAGUUCAAAAACCAGCCGUUGUAGUGUUGACUAAGUUGGAUAAUUGUGAUAUUUCUAAAUUAGGACUAGAUGUUUUUCUCAAGUCAAAUGAAUUUAAGAAAAUUCCUGUGAUUGAGACUUCGGCACAUGAAAAUGUCAAUAUCGAAGAAGCGUUCCUUACUCUUUACAGGCUUAUGGAGUCUAAAACUCGUGUUCAUAAAUGGAGACACAUUUCAUAUAUAGGAGCUGCUUAUAAACGGAGUCAGGUGGUCAAUUCAGCGAUGCAUUCAUUUACACGUCUAGUGUUCAUAUCUCCUCCGGAAUUUUAA